AUGCUGAUGGACUGCAAAUUGACAGUCCUCGGCUUUGCAGUCAUGGCGGCUGCACCGCCGCAUAGCCACCCAAUUUAUAAUAUAGUACACAAUCUUCUCUCUUGGACGUACAAUGGCUGCAGCUCGUUCUUCUCCGGCACCACAAUGGGCAUCAAUCAUCUAUGGGAGGUGCUUGACCCUGCUGCGACGACGGUACCCAUUGUGUCCCUCGCCCUCUCAGAUCGAUUUGCAGGACCUGCCCCUCACCUGCCCUAUGUUGUGGGCAUUGAUUCAAGUGGAUGGUUCGAACAGUGCCAACAAGGAAAAUGGCAAUGCGCGCAUUCUCAAACUGGAAUGAACCCUGCGCUCCGCACCUUUUUAUUUCACCUGGCUCAGCUUGCACGCUUCCCGGUGCAACUCAUCUUCUGUUAUGAUGGCGGCCAGCGGCCAGAGGUCAAAAGAGGGUGCUGCAUGUCUACAAGAGACCAUUGGAUGGUCAAGCCCACGCAACGCAUCCUGAAUGCCUUCAACACACAAUGGAUCACUGCUGUGGGUGAAGCUGAAGCACAGCUAGCAUUGAUGAACAAUGCUGGAAUUAUCAAUGCUGUCAUGACAGAUGACAGUGAUGUCUUCGUCUUCGGAGCUAAGACAGUCAUUCGGAAUUCAACAUUCUCAUCCGAUGCAACCGUCAAGGUGUACACCACAAGCACUAUUCAGGAGCACGUAGAACCCUGCCUUGUCAGUGAUGCCUUUGUGACAAUGGCUGUUACGACUUGGAUGGUAUCUGUUGGCGACGCUCAAACAGAGCUUGUGUUGUCAACGGUUGAGGACGUCCUUGGGCUAGCCCAAGGUUAG